UCAAGGUCUAGUCCGUUCAACUAACUUAACAGCUUGGAUUGGAUUCCCUCCGAUUCCGGCUUUCCUCAUCCGAAGGAUAUAUUCUUCACUGCGAUUCCACGCCAUGUUAAUGUCAUUGACUUGUUGUUACGUUAAUUUUUCGCUCCACCAGAAAGACAAAGCCUCGCUUAACCAGGUUAAUCACGUUAGGACGCGUGUCGCAUUUGAAAAUUAGAUGAUGACGUGGUCAAUCUCUGUCGGGUCGUGGCGUUAAUGCAAAUGCGAGUGGCUGUGUGCAGGCGGCGCCUAAGGUCCUCGAGGUCCAACUCCAUCGCGAAAGCGAAAGGUAGAAAGGAAGAUUCUCAUGCCAAAACAACGCGAGCUUGAUUGGAAUUAGGCUUUCACCCUCUAGGUUACCUUAACUGAACCCGAUCCCAUCCUUCUCGUUCGAUCCAUGCUGUAGAUCAGUGCAUUUCAUUAUCUUGGCUUCAUUUUGCUCCUCGUAUGAUGGGGUGGGGAAAUAUUUAUAAAAGACGCGUGAAAGUUUUCUCAGUUGCUUUUUUAAUAUACCUGGAUUAUAAGGCUGUUCAGCAAAGAGAGAAAUGGACUAACAAAUCAAAAAGUGCUGCUUUAUGGGAAAAGGCUCAUGAGCGCAAUGCUAAGCGUGUUCUCAGUUUGAUAAUUGAGUUGGAAGGCUUAUGGGUGAAACUUGGGCAGUACUUAUCCACGCGUGCUGAUGUUCUUCCUCAAGCGUAUAUAUCACUUCUCAAGCAAUUACAAGACUCUCUUCCUCCUCGUCCUUUGAAAGAGGUUUGUCGGACUAUAGAAAAAGAGUUUGGCAAGACCAUGGAUGUUCUCUUUGCAGAUUUUCUGGAAGAACCUUUGGCAACAGCAUCAAUUGCACAAGUACAUCGAGCAACAUUAAUCGAUGGGCAGGAGGUGGUGGUUAAAGUUCAGCAUGAUGGCAUCAAAGCAAUCAUAUUGGAGGACUUAAAGAAUGCAAAGUCGGUUGUUGACUGGAUAGCUUGGGCAGAACCCCAAUAUGACUUUAAUCCAAUGAUAGAUGAAUGGUGCAAAGAAGCUCCAAAAGAGCUUGAUUUUAAUCAUGAAGCUGAGAAUACUAGAACUGUGUCUAGAAAUCUUGGCUGCAAAAAGUUACAUGAUGAGAACAAAUCUUCCAACCAAGUCAAUGUUUUGAUUCCGGAAGUUAUUCAGUCAACCCAAAGUGUCCUCAUUUUAGAGUACAUGGAUGGAAUUCGUCUAAAUGACUCUGCAUCAUUGGAAGCUUUUGGUGUUGACAAACAAAAGAUUGUUGAAGAAAUCACUCGUGCAUAUGCCCACCAAAUAUAUGUUGAUGGAUUUUUCAAUGGUGAUCCUCAUCCUGGAAAUUUCCUUGUAAGCAAGGAAGCCCCUCAUCGCCCAAUUUUACUUGAUUUUGGGCUUACAAAGAAACUAUCGAGCUCUGUGAAGCAAGCACUAGCAAAAAUGUUUUUGGCAUCGGCCGAGGGUGACCAUGUGGCUCUUUUGUCUGCCUUUUCAGAAAUGGGCCUCAAGCUGCGCCUUGAUGCACCUGAGCAGGCUAUGGAGGUAACAACUGUAUUCUUCCGUAGUUCAACACCAGCAAAUGAAGCUCAUCAAACCAUGAAAUCUUUGGCUGAGCAAAGAGACAGAAACAUGAAGAUUAUACAGGAAAAGAUGCAACUCAACCGAAAAGAAGUUAAACGCUUCAACCCCGUUGAUGCAUUUCCAGGUGAUAUUGUAAUCUUUACACGGGUUCUAAAUCUUCUGAGAGGACUCUCAUCCACUAUGGAUGUCCACAUAGUAUAUCUAGAUAUCAUGAGACCAUUUGCUGAAUCUGUUCUACUAGGAAACAUUAAUAAGGGACCAGCAGCAAAUGCACAGUGGAUCUAUAACACGCCAGUCCAUUCCGAUGUAGAGGCCAAGCUGAGGCAGCUGUUAGUUGAGUUGGGAAAUAAUGAUAAAAUACUUGGGAUUCAGGUUUGUGCAUACAAAGAUGGGGAGGUUAUUAUUGAUUCUGCUGCAGGAGUGCUUGGAAGAUACGAUCCUCGCCCUGUUCAGCCUGAUACUCUUUUUUCUGUCUUUUCUGCAACGAAGGGUAUUACUGCAGGAAUGUUACACUGGCUGGUAGACAAUGGAAAAGUCAAACUUGAGGAAAAUAUUGCAAAUAUUUGGCCAGAAUUUAGAGGAAAUGGAAAAGAUCACAUAAAGGUACAUCAUGUGCUUAACCAUACAUCUGGUUUGCACAAUGCCUUGGCUGAACUUAGAGCAGAAAAUCCUUUGCUAAUGUCUGAGUGGGAUGAAUGCUUGAAACUGAUUGCAGCAUCAGUACCUGAGACUGAACCUGGGAAGCAGCAGUUGUAUCAUUAUCUAUCUUAUGGUUGGCUAUGUGGUGGAAUAAUCGAGCAUGCAUCUAGGAAGAAAUUUCAGGAGAUUCUUGAAGAGGCAUUCAUUCAUCCUCUUAAAAUUGAAGGCGAGCUUUAUGUUGGAAUUCCGCCUGGUGUGGAAUCUCGACUUGCUUCACUUACACUAGAUACAGAUGAUCUUAACAAGCUCUCAGAAAUACGCAAUCGACCUGUGAUGCCAUCCACCUUCCAAAACAACUUUGCCCAACUUGCAACUUCCUUACCUGUUUUAUUUAAUAUGCUUAACAUCCGCCGAGCUAUCAUACCUGCUGCUAAUGGACAUUGCUCAGCCCGUGCACUUGCACGCUACUAUGCAGCCUUAGCUGAUGGUGGUGUGGUCCCGCCGCCACAUUCCUCUCUUUCCAAUCCACCGCUUGGCAGGCAUCCCCAUAUCCCCAGUUAUCCUUCCAAGAAGAGCCAUAAAAGGCAAAAGGGUAAGCGGACUAACAUGGUAGAUGCUGCGUCGAAGAAUAAAGCUAAUGGUUAUAGACAAAACAGGUAUUACAGUAAAGAUUUCAAGGGUAGUGGCGACAGUUACACUAGGGUUGACAGUGAGGAUAGCAAUAGUACCAGUAGCACCAGUACAAGCAACUGCAAUGCAAAUAGGGAUACUCCUCAAAACAAAACUGACAAGAUUUUCUCUAACCCUAGGAUACAUGAUGCAUUCAUGGGUGUAGGUGAAUAUGGAAAUUUGGCUUUGCCAGAUGGGAUAUUUGGACUAGGAUUUAGGAGGUUGAAAUCGAAGGAUGGGUCUUUAAUUGGCUUUGGGCACUCGGGUAUGGGUGGAUCAACAGGUUUUUGUGAUAUUAAAAACCGAUUUGCUAUUGCAGUGACCCUUAACAAAAUGUCAUUUGGGGGUGUGACCGCAAAGAUUAUUGAGCUUGUUUGUUCAGAGCUAAACAUCCCAUUGCCGGAGGAGUUUUCCGGAUCUAGUAGAAGGGAUCUGAAUACCUUCAGUCCGUUGAUUAAUUAAGGACGAGAAUAAAAUUUUGCCAUGUGGUACUGUUGUUACUUUGUUUAUGUAUAUCAUACAUAGCCACACGGAUUAAUGAUGGAUUAUUAUAGGGUUAUUCUUAUACCACUUGAUAAUAAGGAAGAAAAAAUUAAGGGGGUGAUAAUGAUGGAUAGACGGUAUGUAACUUGUAAAUCUUACUUAUACAUUUCCAUUUUUUGUAUCGAAUGGUUUUAAGUGUAUCAGGAUAUUAAUAUGAUGGAAUAAGGUAAGAAUUUGAGGUGUGGUGC